AUGCUGCAACUCUCCAAGAUGAACGCAGCAGCAGCAGAAGGCUCCAAGGCCGCUCCCCCCAAAUUCAAGCAGAAGGAGACCAGGCAGUUCAAGAGCAAGGCUCCUAAAGCUGGACAGAAGGGGUUUGACAACGAUGUCCCAGGGAUGGACGGUCUUGGAGACUCUGCAGUGGUCUGCCCCUGGGAGGCGUUUGGUGACAUGGAGCUGAGCGACCUGGCCCAGUUCGGCAUCGUCUAGAUGUAUUAGACGAGGGCUCCCACCCUGGUUCUGGACAGAUGUGAUUUCACAGUUCUGAGUCUGAGGAGUGAGUCUGAAGCUGGAGAAGUGAUUUCACCAAGCGUUGGAGCCACAGUCACUGUGAGACAGAUCUCUGCAGCCUCAGGGUUCCACUGAGCUUUCUCUUAUAACCGGAUGUAACCAAAUCCAAUAAAGAAAUAUUCUAUUUUUGUAGGUGCUGUUUAAAUGUAUCUAUUUUAUUAUUUCUAUUAAAAAAGUACCUCUUACUCUUCUUGUAUCCUUAACUUAAAUAGUUCUCUCUAACUACACCCAUUCUCCAUACAACUGAACCCCAUAUUUUAUUUUCUCUA